GUGAAUUGUACGAAAAAAAGCUGCCACUGUCACAAGUUUAUGGCAUUUUAUAAUACAAGUGCGGUCUAACCUAAGCGCCCUCACUAAGUGGAGAAAGCUACGCCCUGGGGGAUGUACGCCCGGAGUGUUAUAUAAGGCACUCUGUUAGAUCCAGAAGCAGAUCCAACCGUGACUUACGCUCGGGUCAGAGAUAGAAAAUAAAGGCUGCAAAAAGAAAUGAACCACCGCCGUCAGAUCCUAGCGGAGGACCUAGACCUAGAAGGGAGUACGGUUCAGGUGGGGCAGGUGGUAGCGGCUCAAGUAGUGGCGGCCAACGUGCUCCUACAUUUCGUUGGCCGAGGCGUCCGACCCUACAACCUCCCAGAGAUAGUCUGCUAACUUUAACUCCUAGUGGUACCCCUCAUAUCCCACCUAACCCACCUGGGUCACAUCUCCCAAGAAACCCAGUCCAACCAGGGGACCCAGAACCAGCAGAAUCUUACGGAAUUUUAGACAGGCGUGUUGGAAUUUGGAGAGCUCCAGAUAAUACAGUGGCAUUAGUUCAGCCCACUAACGGUUAUAAUGUUGUGCCAGACAACAAGUACUUUAAAAUGGGGAACAAUUAUAUAACCAAAUUUAUAAAACUGCCAGGAGAAAUAGCGGCAACCCUGUACAUAUCUGAUAAAAUGACACUUUUGGGAGCUACGCGUUUUAAGGAUCCAAAUAAAUUGAAACCUAAGGCAGGUUUAUUUUAUAUUAUGUAUAGAAAAGUACCAAUUGAGGUGAAGUAUGAUCCUGAAACCAAGGUUAUUUCGAAAUUUGAAGUUCAUCCUAGAAAUACAAUGCCAACUGCUAAUAGUCGCAACUUUCAGAUGAUUAAAGAAAAGACAGUUGUUUUUUGUGAAAUACCAUUUCGCAUUCUAUAUGAAGCCGAGGAAGGGCAAACACAGGAACAUAUAUGGUCAGCUACAUUGACACAUAGCGAUCAGAUAGUUCCUUUUGAUCAUCUACUGAUACCCCAACCAUAAUAAUCAAAUAAAAUAUGAUUAAUCAAAAAUUACUCUUAUGCAAUGUUAGUGUUACUUAAUCUUAAGAUUACCUAAA